UUGAAGCGUAUUGGACGGCGCGCAGGUGUCAUAUACAAAUAGAGCCCAGCCGUAACGCGUGUGCCGUAGCUCAGUGAGCAGUACAAUAGCCGUAACAGCAACCGUCUCUGGCAAUCGACAGCGACGACGACGCUUAUCAGCUUUGCCAAAGACUCUGAUAAGCUCUGGCUCUGGCUGCCUGACUGACUAACUCAAUGUGUUUUUAUGGCCCCAGUGCGUAGUUCUCCAAGGAGCCUAAUCUUUUAGUCGAAAAGUCUUGGGAACGACAUUCAAGCCACUUCUGUAAAUGCUGCCAAUAAACAUGCUGACGACCUGAAUGAGAGCAACAAGUGCAAACAGUAUGAAUUCCCAAUAUAAUGCGAGUAAUCGUACGAAUUCAUUUCGUUCCAAUCACGAGCAUGUCCAGACGACGAUUAAUGAAAAGAACUGGGAGUGGUCUUAUCUAGUGCGAAAAUGUCGCAAUCUGGAGCUAGAGGAGUCAUAUGAUAUAUAUAUGCGCCGUCUGCGUAUUGGCUAUCUGUCCAUUUUCAUCUUUAUCGAGCUGCUCGUGACCUUCACGCAUGCCUUGCUGGUGUUCACCUCAGCGGAUCUGACCUAUGCCUACGUUGACAUGAUUGCCUAUGUGGUCACGGGCGUGCUCAUUUGGCUAAUACUCUCGGUCAACUUUCGCAACGAACUGAUCAGCAAACACGGCUGGUUGAUCUAUGCCUCCACCUGGCUGGCUGUUUCCCUCCUGGUGCUCAUGGAUAUUGGCUUGAAUGUUUAUCAUGCCACCUCCAACAACGACAUACUUAAUCCCAUCUAUGAUGCAUAUACCUUGUAUGCCAUCUAUAUGUUCAUGCCCAUUCCGCACGUGCUGCAGCCUUUCAUAUUGGGCACCGCCGUCACCAUUUGCUACAUAAUCAAUUACAGCUUUGUCAUUUCCUCCAAGGAGGCCAACCAGAUGCACAGCAUACUCAAUGAGGCCAUCUACUUGAGCUGCGUCAAUUUUCUGGGCAUAUUCUUUCGACUGAUGCGGGAUAUUGCGCUGCGCACCACCUUUCUGGACCGGCGUCAGUACGUGGAGGAGAAUCUGUUGCUGCGCUAUGCGAGAGACCAGGAGCGCAGUUUGCUGCUGAGCAUUUUGCCAGCUCAGAUUGCCGAUCGCCUGCAGGAGGAUGUCCGCAACCGCAUUGAACGCUCCAAGCAGCAACAUCAUCGUCGACCCGGCUUCGAUCCUGGCUGCAAUAAGAACAGUCAAGCCUUGAGGCGUUGGCGUCAACCAGAUCAUGGCACUCUCUUCAUCGAACCACACAAAGAUGUCACCAUUCUCUAUGCGGAUGUGGUGAACUAUACCCAUCUGACCACAACGCUGGAUGUGAAGAAGCUGGUGGAGGCGCUGCACGAUCUGUUCGUGCGUUUCGACAUUGCCAGCGAGGAGUACAACGUGCUGCGCAUCAAGUUCCUGGGCGACUGCUACUAUUGUGUCGCGGGCUUGGCCAGUCCCAAUGAGGAUCAUGCAAAGUGCUGCGUGGAUUUGGGCUUGCGCAUGAUCAAGGACAUACGCGAUGUUAGGGAGAAGCGACAUCUGAAUAUUGAUAUGCGCAUCGGCGUUCACUCCGGCGACGUGCUGUCCGGCGUCAUUGGCGCUGCCAAAUGGCAAUUCGACAUUUGGUCCAAGGAUGUGGACAUAGCCAAUCGCUUGGAGGCCACUGGCGCCACGGGACGUGUGCAUGUGAGUCAGCAAACGUUGCGGCUGCUGGACGGCGAAUACUUCUACGAGGAUGGCACGGAGAAGGCACGCGAGGAUCCAGUGCUGCAGAAGCACGAUAUACGCACCUUUCUCAUCAAAUCGUUGCGCGCCCCAAUGCAUGAUCCGCGUCGCGUGCAACGUGAGCGCCAGGCCAAGAAGCUAAGCGAGGCCAGCAAAUCCAACUUCAUGUACAACUCGACGCUGCAGCAAUACAAUCAGGUGCGGAACCAGGCCAAGCUGGAGAUGUGCCGGGAGCUGGACAAAAUGCCCAUCGGUCGUAUACAAAUCACAAAGAUUUGCAGACGAUCCACAAACCUUACCCAAGACGAAAUCGAGGAGGAGACCUUUAGACGCAACAUUAGCUCCUUCUGCUUACUCUUUCGCGUACGCAACUGGGAGAUCCAGUACAUACGAGAGCCGGAUGUCAUGCUCAAGUACAGCAUAGUUCUGGCCUGGUUUGUCUACAUGUGCCUGCUGGCCAUACAGCUGCUAAGCAAGGAUCCCCAAUAUCACUACUGGAUCUAUGACGGGAUCACUGUAUGCGUGCUUACCACAUUGCUAAUCAUCUCGUGGUAUAAGAAACUUUGGAUUAUGUGUUCCUCCGAUACUGAACAGUCCUUGCCGCAAUAUAAGCUCAGUCGCUUUCUCUAUAAAAUGUCCGAUGGCAUGCAGAGCAGCAUCGCUAUACGCCUCACUGUCUACGUGCUCGUUAUUGUCUCCUGUAUUGCUGUGACUGCCAUGCAAGUGAUCGACUGUGGUCCAAAAACAGAUACAGAUCUCAUACAAUGCUUUCAUCCUUGGAUCCUAACCAAUUGCGUAACUUUAAUGAUUGGCACCGCCUUUCUGUUCACACGCAUACCAUUCGUUGUUAAGACGUCUGUAGCUGUGCUCAUCACUGCUGUCUAUACGGUGCUGGUAGUCUAUGAGUUUGACUAUAUCUUUGCCGGAAGCCCUUCGACGAAUGUUAAUCUCAAUGCAAAAUAUUCGCAUUUUCUGCUCAUCAUCAUAACGUUGGGCAUUUUUCAUUUAAUGGAACGCCAGACGGAAUUUAUAGCCAAAGUGGACUACAACUGGAAGCGGCAACUUAUGCAGAAACAGGACGAUGCCUUAAUUACAAACGAUACGAUCAAGGUGCUGCUAGUGAACAUAUUACCCUCACACGUGGCCGACUUCUAUCUAUCCACGCAGCUGCAGAAUGAGCUCUACUAUGAGGAGUACGACAAUGUGGCUGUGAUGUUUGCCUCGAUCAAAAACUUUGAUACCGAUAAAAUCGGUUUGCGUGUGCUCAACGAGAUUAUAUGUGACUUUGACGAUGUGCUGAACAAAUAUUCGACUAGUCUGCGCGUGGAGAAGAUCAAGGUGGCCAACUGGACCUAUAUGGCCGCUUGUGGUCUGGACGUUACUCGUUCCGAGCAGGUGAAUGCGCCACAGGUGAAAUUCCGGAAUGUCUCGCUAAUGCCCAAUGGCCGACGAAGUCAAUAUCGCAAUUUGGGCUCGGAGCAACUGCAGCGUGUGCCCUAUGGCAACGGCAAUACGUUGGCCCUGGAUAUGGAGCGUGGCCAGUAUGAGGGCAAUGUGAUAAGUGGAACGCCGAGGCUAAGCAGUAGUGAAAAUGAUAGUGAACGCAGCAACGAUGAGGUGGUCAAGGUGAUGGCCAAUUUCGCUUUGGAUCUGAUGCGCGCUAUGCGGCGUUUCAAUGCCGAGAACAUGCAGUCGGAGUAUGAGGGCAGCACGGACUAUGGCAUGCUGCGCAUUGGCAUCUCGCACGGACGAGCUAUGGCCGGUGUUGUGGGCAUAUCGAAGCCACACUACGACAUCUGGGGCAAUCCGGUGAAUAUGGCCUCGCGCAUGGAUUCAACAGGUGUGCCAGGCAAAAUACAGGUGACCGAGAAUACCGCCUUGAAGCUGCGCAACUUCAAUAUUCAAUGCAACUAUCGGGGCAAAACGUUUGUCAAGGGCCGUGGCAAUAUACCCACCUAUAUACUGGGCACCGAUGACGAAUACAAGGGCUUCCUGCCCCACCAGCCGCCAACGCAGGCGGAUAGUUAAAUUAUAAACAAAUAUUUAUGUAAAUAAAUUUGUAAAAAAAACACUGUACAGCAAAUAUA